AUGGAAAGACUUCCAACAAAAUCCGCGCUAAGGAGCCGGAAUAUUAUGGUUCUAAGUAAUCUUUGUGUUCACUGUGGAAACUUUGUGGAAACGUGUGAGCAUAUUUUUGUUACGUGCCAGUUUGCUCAAGUGAUAUGGCAAAAUAUUGCGGAUUGGUGUAGAAUCCCACCUAUUAUUGCUUUUGAUGUCAAGGAUCUUCUCGAUUUACAUGGUGGAGCGUCGAAUGGGAGGAAGAAAAAGAAGGCACUACAUGCAGUUGUUCUUGUUACAUUUUGGAGCCUUUGGAAAAUGCGAAAUGAGACAGUCUUUAGGCAGGCGAGUCCGUGUACCACAAAAAUCCUGGAUGAAAUAAAAGCAUUGGCGUACUUAUGGGUCAAAAAUCGAUCGAAGAUGGCGGAACUAACUUGGGAGAAAUGGUGCCGGUUUGAAAUCAUUGGUUAA